AUUGGAUGCUUAGCCCAAACCGCUUCCGACUACGGGGUGAUGUGGUCAUGUGACUCGGUGACGUUGUUUUCGGUAUCAUGGCGCUGCCCAGUUGUGGUGCAUUGUGCUGGGAUUGACGGGAGAAAAAUGAGAUCCCUUUAACUUGUUUCACUUGUAAAUUAUUUGCUGAAGAUUCCAGAUCUAAAGAUGCCAGAAAUUAAGGUUACCCCGCUUGGGGCCGGUCAGGAUGUCGGGCGCAGCUGCAUCUUGGUUUCUAUAGGAGGAAAGAACGUGAUGCUGGAUUGUGGGAUGCACAUGGGAUACAACGAUGAUCGACGGUUCCCAGACUUCUCCUAUAUUACACAGAAUGGACGUCUGACUGAGUUCCUGGAUUGUGUUAUCAUCAGCCACUUUCACCUGGACCAUUGUGGAGCGCUGCCGUACAUGAGUGAGAUGGUUGGGUUUGAUGGACCCAUUUACAUGACUCACCCUACCAAAGCCAUCUGCCCCAUCCUGCUUGAAGACUACAGGAAGAUCACCGUGGACAAGAAAGGGGAAACCAACUUUUUCACAUCACAGAUGAUUAAAGAUUGCAUGAAGAAAGUCGUGGCCGUGAACCUUCAUCAAACCGUGCAGGUUGAUGAUGAACUAGAAAUUAAGGCCUACUAUGCAGGCCAUGUUUUGGGAGCAGCCAUGGUACAGAUUAAAGUGGGCUCAGAAUCUGUUGUAUAUACUGGUGAUUACAAUAUGACUCCAGAUCGGCAUUUGGGAGCUGCAUGGAUUGACAAAUGUCGCCCGGAUCUACUCAUUACUGAAUCCACCUAUGCGACGACUAUCCGAGAUUCUAAGCGCUGUCGUGAGCGAGACUUCCUAAAGAAGGUCCACGAGACCGUAGAAAAGGGUGGAAAGGUUCUCAUUCCUGUGUUUGCGCUGGGAAGAGCUCAGGAACUCUGCAUCUUACUGGAAACAUUCUGGGAGCGGAUGAAUUUGAAAGCCCCAAUUUACUUCUCCACGGGUCUAACCGAGAAAGCAAACCACUACUACAAGCUCUUCAUCACCUGGACGAACCAGAAGAUCAGGAAGACCUUCGUACAGAGGAACAUGUUUGAGUUCAAGCACAUCAAGGCCUUCGACAGAGCUUUUGCAGAUAAUCCUGGUCCAAUGGUGGUGUUUGCGACUCCAGGAAUGUUGCACGCUGGGCAGUCCUUGCAGAUUUUCCGCAAGUGGGCAGGGAAUGAAAAGAAUAUGGUGAUUAUGCCCGGUUACUGCGUACAGGGCACAGUGGGACACAAGAUCUUAAGUGGUCAACGUAAACUAGAGAUGGAGGGGAGACAGACACUGGAAGUGAAAAUGCAGGUGGAGUAUAUGUCCUUCAGUGCCCACGCCGAUGCCAAAGGUAUCAUGCAGCUCAUUCGCCAGGCAGAGCCCCGAUAUGUACUGCUGGUGCACGGAGAAGCCAAAAAGAUGGAGUUCCUCAAGCAGAAGAUCGAGCAAGAGUUUCGUAUCCAGUGUUAUAUGCCAUUUAAUGGUGAAACGGCCACCAUCGCCACCAACCCUAACAUACCAGUGGAUAUCUCGCUAGGCCUGCUGAAGAAAGAGAGUGCACUUAGUCUCGUGCCAGAGGCUAAGAAACCCAGACUGAUGCAUGGAACCCUGAUAAUGAAGGACAAUAGUCUCCGUCUUGUGUCGCCUGAGCAGGCCUUGAAGGAAAUAGGUCUGAGCGAGCACCAGCUGAGAUUCACCUGUAGGGUGCACAUUCAGGACUCGCAUAAGGAGCAGGAAACUGUGCUGCGGAUAUACAACCACUUGAGGAGUAUUCUUAAGGAUCGCUCAGUACAGCACAUGCCCGAUGGCUCCAUCAUGGUAGAAUCCAUCCUUCUCCAGGUCUCUACCAGUUCUGAUGACCCCGGCACUAAAGAUCUUCUUAUAUCUUGGACAUAUCAGGAUGAAGAGUUGGGGAGUUUCCUGACAUCCGUUCUCAAGAAAGGUUUACCACAAGGCACCAGCUAGAUCGUUGCCUGCACUGGCAGCGGGGUGACUGAACUCCCUGUACUUUCCCACUUCACCAGUCGGAGCUGUAGAAAUAGAUGCACACUGGACUUAUAUUAUCUCUUCACCAUGUUACAAUUUAUAACAUUUAGGGAACUUUCACACUUGCGGCAGAGGUUUCCGGCAGGCAGUUCCGUC